AUGGAUGCCACAACUUUUGCGGCCGACAAGGCCGUAAAAAUUUCCCUCCAAGACGACGAUGAAUAUUUAGGAGACGACGAUUUCCAAUAUGACGCUGCGGUGAUAUCCAGCGAAGAGAUUGGGCAAAGCUUUGUGACAUGUGCGCUGACAAUAUCGCGGUUUGGCCACUACGCGACCGCGUCCGCCGCUCUCCUCGUCCUCCGGUUCGAGCUCGGCGGACCGCCCGGCAACCGGCACCGCUUCAAGUCGGCCAGCAUCCUCGCGCGGCUGCGCCCUCUCGCCGGCGACGCCUCGUCGCUUAGCGUGCUGAAGUACUGGCCGGAGAGGCACCACGAUGCGCCUUCGGCGCAGCACAUCGAGCGCAGGUUCGGCGCCGGUCUGGGUUCCUCCGGCGGCGGGAUGGCGGCACUCAGCACCUCGGCGCAGCGCUCCGUGUCGUACACGCGGCACGCGCAGCGGCGCAUCCGCGGUGUGGCGUCUGGCCGGCCGGUUCUCAACCAAGUGCAAUGGACGCUCGAGGAGAAUGAGUUGGAGCAGGACGGCGUGUGGGAGCAUUUUCAGCUCGCACUGCUGGUGCGACACGACGGCAAGUUUACGAUUGAUGUGGGCAUCAAAACGAAAGUUGGGUUUAGCACAGAUCCGCGGAAAUAUUUGCUGAGGCCGUUGAAGGGUAGCUCGGGGACGAAGAUUGUCGAUCCGAAGACGCCGAUCGGUGAGGCCGAUGAGGCGCUGGAUGGGAAUCCGGAUCUGCGUGGCGUUGAGUUGUCGGGGUUCACUGCCUUUGGAUAG